AUGGCUUGUGGAAAAACUCGUAAUUACAUGGACGAAAUGCUGUCUAUCAUAAAUCAAAUAGAUUGUCUAAAGCCUGAACCAGAAAUAUGCAACGUUUCGUGUCCACCAUUGGGAUGUCCAAGAGGACCAUGUCCAGGAAUGUGUUGCAAUGGGGUUAGCUGUGAUCCUUGUUGCAUAUCUCAAAUGCCAUGUAGUCCACCAACUCGAUGUUUACCUAAUUGUGUUCCUGUAUGUUCAAUGGAACCUCCUCGUGCUGAGAUCAAACUUAAACCAAAUCCAAAAAGAAUUUGUUGUUUUCCACCAAUCCCUGAUUGUCUACCAACCUCGUCACUUUCAUUUUGUCCAUCACCGUGUAGUCCACCACCAUUUUGUACAAGUCCACCUAAUUGUCUAUCAUCUUUUUGUCCCGGAAUCUCAUCCCCACCUAUAUGCCAACCUUCUGGUUGUUUAAGAGAUUGUACGAUUCCAUGUGAACCUACAGCAUGUUUUCCUACAAAUUGUUGUCCUACACCAACGUGUAAUCCAGUACCACCAUGUUUCAGACCAUCAAAAUCUCCCUGUUGUCCAGUUUAUAACAGUAUGCCUCCAUCAGAAUUUAUCAAACAAAUAUCAUUAACAACGGAAGAAAGAAUGGCUUACUUAAUUAAACCAGGAAUCAAUGAAAAUCUUCGAACUAUUCUCAAUCAUUCAGAAAAUAAUCCUUUCAAAACUAUACCUGCUAUUAUUGUAUUCCAACAAUUUCUUCCAGGCAACGUUUACAACGCUACCCUCACCAUUCGUAAUUCCAGCCAGGUUUCGAGAUGUUUGAAAUCAUGCUGCAAAUUAGAUCCUUUCUUCGACAUCGAAUUUCGUGGAUCCUCUUAUAACGUAACAGUAGCUCCAGGAUUAGCACAAGUUUACAACAUCAAAUUUACACCGGAAGAAAAACGAGAUUAUAAAUAUGAAACUAAGUUUGUUACUGAAGAUGAUGUUAUUACCGUUCCGAUAAUUGCAAUUGGCCCCAGAGCAAUUCUGGAUAUUCCUGAUUGCAUCGAAGUACCAAACACGGCUGUAAAGAUUUCUUCUUCAAAAACUAUUUUCAUACGCAAUAUUGGGUCAACUUCGGCUAUUUUUACUUUCUUCACUGACAGUCCACGUUUUCAUAUCGAACCAUCAAGCGGUUUAAUCGACGAGGAAGAAUCAAUUCAGUUUAACAUUUAUUUUUUAUCCGAUAUUGCAGGUGAAUUUGAAGCUAAUUUGUUCCUCAAAUAUGAGACUGGUGAGAUACUUCGGACAGAAUUACGAAGUUCAGCAGUUAAUUGCAUUAUUCGAAUUGACAGAGGUAGCGUCAAAAUGGAGGAUACUUAUUUAGGAAUGUCCAGAAGUAAAAUUCUUACUAUUCACAAUAGAAGCGAUUACAUUGUCAAAUAUCAAUGGAUGUGUUACGAAAGUAGCGAAAAAGACAAUGCAAGAAGAGAAGAAUAUAAAAAAUUAUUUGAACUAAUACACAAAAUGGAGGUAGUGCGUAGUGUCAGUCUGGAAUAUUACAACAUCUGUAUGCCUGACAUUCAUGAACUCGUCUGUCAAAGAAUUUACGGGGAUGAAAUAGUGUCAUUGAUGAACGAAAAUUUCCAAUACAAUCACUUAUGUUUUAUGAUUACUCCUAUGGAGGGUGAAAUAUGGCCGCAUUCAUCAUCAGACGUGACGAUACUCUUUCGAGCUUUGGAAGUUGGUGAGAUUUGUAGCAUGGCUUAUUUGGAAGUAUCCGGUCGAGAAGACAGAAUACCUUUGAACUUAUGUGGAAUAGGAAAAGGACCAGUUUUCCGUUUGAACGUCAUCACGAUCGAUGUAGAUAAAAUAUACAUGUACUCCAUACAUUAUUACGAGAUAGUUGCUGCUAAUAAAGGAUACAUAGAUGGUACUUUGAUAUAUAAAUCAAAACAAACUGAUUUUGGUGGAAUUAUUAAUAUCAAUCCACCCUCGCUUAUUAUUAAACCGGGAGAAUAUAAAUCGUUCAAUUUAUCAUUUUCCUCUAACCGGAAAGGUGAAUUUUUGGAACGCGUUGAUUUCAUUGUUAAGGAAAGUCUUGAAAUAAUUUCGUUGCACAUCAAAGGUUGCGUUAUAUUAUUGAACGAUGGCGUCGAGGCACCCUUAACUUACGAAGAUUUCGUCAACUCUGAUACCAAAUUGAGUUUUCCAUCUAACCCACGGGAAUUUGUAGUUCAACCUGAAAAAGGUGUAGUUCCUGAACGGAGUUUCACGAAAAUUCGGAUAAUCUACAAUGCAAAUAUCAUUCGAUUCGAACGUUCGUUCGUUCGAGUCGACAUGUGGAAUUCAGAAUCGGAUCCAUUAAUGUUACCAAUAUCAUUUUGUGGUAGUACAGCAUCUCUCUCGAUUAAACCUUCAGAAAUAUUGAUUAGGUUCUGUUUCAUAAACUUUCCUUACACGAGGACUUUCGAUAUAGAAAACAAUUCCGAUGUGGAUGGUUAUUUUUAUCUUGUCCCACAAUCAGUUUCUGACAACAACACUUCGAUCUAUUAUUCCAUGUCAGUCUAUCAAGGUUUUAUCAAAGCACGUCAAUCAAAAACUAUCGUCGUCACUCUUAUUACAAGAUCUCUUGGUAAACAGAGUACAACGAUAAACAUGUUAACGAUGGGUCAAAAUUCUCCGGUAAUUGCUUGUACGAUAUCCUGUACUGGUCAGGGACCUGUAGUAUCUUUGCAACCAACUCAAAUGGACUUUGCUGAUGUUCAAGUACUCGAGGAAAGGUCUAUGAAGUUGCGAGUUAUCAGUGAUGCACCUAUUCCAGCCCAAUUUCAAAUUGCUCUCAGUAGAAAAGAUUCGCCUUGGUCGGUGAAUCCUGUGUCUGGCGUACUCGAAGCGAACGAAUCGAUAGAAUUGGACGUGAGAAUUUAUCUGCGUGAUACUGGUAAAUACGAGGAUAACAUUUUAAUGAUGGUACACAACAGCAGAACGAUUUCAGUCAAUCUGAGAGCGAUUGGAGUCGGUUGCAGUGUUGUUUUUCAGCCAAAUGUGUUUCCUACGUUCGACAUGGGACUACUACUUAGUCACCAGAAAGUGAUUAUACCAAUCACUAUGAAGAAUCUUGGCACAAGACAAUAUCAGUUGAUCUGGUCGAAUACACCAGACUUACGUGUGCAAAAAGGACAAUUUACAUCAUCGACUACAUCUAAAUUUCAAAUGCACCCAACCGUAAGUGACUUAUUACCCAAUGCAACGAACAUCGUUAACUGCAAAAUCUGUUGGGAUCAAAAUGAAACGAUUCUCGAGGAUUGGUAUUUAUUUGGUCAAGUGCAUGGUCAAAAUAAACGAGAAUUAAUUAAUACGAGUACUUUCAAGGCCACGUUUACAGAACCACAUAUCGUAUUUAGCAAAAAAGAAUUAAUCAUGCGCAUCGAUAUGUCUCCAUGUGGAAACAAAUUUUGUCAAACAGACGAAAUUUUGAUGACAAAUAAAUCAGGUGUGGAUUUGAACGUUCAGAUAACGAUCAAACCCCCAUUCUAUAUUAUAACCGAAGUAGAAAAUCUUAUAGAUAACAUGAAGAUUUUAUUGGCUGAUCUAAGUACUAUGAAAGUUCAUGUUAAAUUUGCACCGGAUAUGGAAACAGAUAAUUUUUAUUCAAAGAACUAUUGUAGCGCACUUACCUUCGAAUACGACGAAUAUCCCAUUAAGGAUAAAAUUAAAUGUGAAGGAUCUGUUAAUUAUCCAAAUCUUACAUUGAGUUCACACGAGGUCAAGAUGUCUUGUGAAAUAGGUUGCAGCGAAGAAUAUAUUUUAACGUUAACAAACAAUGGUCCUAUACCAGUUAUAUACAAAUUUGUCUGGCUCGAAGAAACAAUUAAAAUUGUACGGGAUACUGAGAAAUCUGCAAAACCUCCAAGUAUCAAUGAAACAAUUUCAAAAUUCAAAUCAACAUUUUGGCAAAGUGACAAUUGUCUGAAUAAUCAAACAAUUGGCGCUGGUGAUGCCCCAUCAGACUCCCUAUUAACACCCAUGAACUCACCUCUAUCGAACCAACCACAGACUCAUAGAACAAAUACAAAUUCCGAAUUCGAGAAAAUACAAAACCAAUCUUCAGAAUUAGAAGAAGAAUCUGAUCUUCUAUUUGAGAUAAAAAAAUUAUUAAUGAGUAUAAUCGACAUGCCUACAAUUGAUGAGUCUGAUAUCGACGUUUUAGAAGUAAUCGGUUACGAGCCUCGUUUCAUUGAGCCCAUCAAUGAGAUACUUGACAUAGUACAAAACGAAGGCAUCGUACUUCCCUAUACAUCGCAAAACAUACACUUCGCCUUUCAUGGGUUCGAACGCAUUCGAGUUGAAGUUAUCGCUGCUUGCAAGAUCGUUCGUGGACCAACCGAGAUGAUCCAAGUAAACGCAAGUGCUGAUGCUGUACGUUAUUCAAUAGACAAACGGGUUAUAGAUUUGGGUCAACAGCUAUUCUGUGAAUCCUGCAACUCGAAUUUCAAUUUAACCAACGACUGUAGGAUUGCUUUUACUUACACAAUAAUAAGUACUUCCUUGUCGGAAAAUAAUGAUGGUACCGAUUCAAAUCGAUUAACGAUCGAACCACAUAAAGGUAUAGUCGAACCGAAAUCUUCAAUAAAGAUUACGUUGAACUAUCGACCGAUCUAUCUUGGACCAUUCAAUGUUGAAUUUCGAUUAAAGAUAGCUCACUUGGUGCCACUUAUUAUGUCUGUUACGGGAGUGGGUAUUUACCCACAAGUAUUUCUCCAUUUGCCCCAAAUUAUUCAUACUGAUAAAUGUUCCUUGGAGUUAGGCUAUCAAGCACUUAGGUCACUUUCCACGGAAUUUAUUAUGGAAAAAGAUAAUGUAUCUCCUAAAAAUAAUGAAGAUAAUUUGAUUAACGAUUGGAUCAUGGUGUCCAUCAAUGAAACUCUUCCAAGUAUGGUAGACAUAAACAUGGCGUUGGAAAGAAUUUUAGCAAGUCAGUUCAUAGAAGAGAAUCUUCACGUUUUAUCUAAACACAAUGCAGCCCGCUUAAAAUCAGCAAUCCCACAAAUGUUUUCUUUGCCGUAUAUCAUUGACCUAGGAAACGUAGUUAUUGGUCUUACUGCACAUUACUCUGCAAUGGUGAGUAAUUAUGGUCCAAUGAUUGCUGAAGUGAAAAUGAAAAAAUUAGAAAAUAAAGCUGCACUGAGUAAUUCUGACAUUAUAGUAGAAUUUAAAAAGAAUGUUAAAUUACCAGUUGGUCAUAAUAUUCUGUUACAUGUCAUCUGUAGUCCUACUUUAGCAAAAUAUACCGAAAGAAAAACAACAUUAAAACAUACUAUUUAUCUUGAGGUAACCCAUGGUUGUAGAAUUCCAAUAAUUAUCCAAGGAAUCGUAACUUAUCCUUACAUCACCGUAGAUAAAAAACAAUUAGACUUCAACAAAGUUUUUAUUGGCGAAUGUUCGAUGAUGCAUCUUACCAUAAAAAACGAAAGUUUAAUCGAUUGCGAUUGGAAGAUAGAAAUAGUAAUGAAACGGAAAAAGCAGAACUACUGUCCGUUCUCGGUACAUCAAGAGUAUGACACUUAUCCGCCAGGUCAUUCGAGUACCAUCAAAGUUUAUUUCAAACCACGUGAACCGGUUGGUACACUUAAUCGAUCCAAUUUGAUCACCAUCUAA